UUUUUCACUUAUUUCUAAUUUAGAGCUCAUUAUAAGUUGUGCCAAAAAACGGGAGUUCGUAAAGGAGCAGUUUGGCUUUUUGGUUGGGUUAUUCCUUACAUUGUUUUUUACAACCACUAUCUACUUUUUUUUUUGGAACACUAUCUAGUAUAUUUUAUAAUUCUUCUACUAAACAUGUGUACUGGAAAAUCAUCACACUCAAAAUCAUCACCCAAGUUUGGGAAAACAAGUCCAACUUCUUCUGUACUCUCCCUGGGUUCCAACGGUAAAAGAAUGACCAAAGUGGAAUUCAAAGACAGAGCGCAUGACAAAACCAAGGCAGCCGCUGCUAAGAAUGUUGCAAAGGCACCAGCAAAAGAGAACAAAAAGCCUCUUGAGUUCAAGCUUCACUCUGGUGAGAGAGCAGUGAAACGUGCCAUGUUCAACUAUUCGGUUGCAACUAAUUACUAUAUCACGAAACUGCAAAAGAAACAAGAAGAUAAGUUGCAAAAGAUGAUAGAAGAGGAAGAUAUUCGUAUGCUAAGAAAGGAAAUGGUUCCGAAAGCUCGACUGAUGCCUUUCUUCGACCGACCUUUCCUUCCACAGAGAUCAAGCAUACCGUUGACGAUGCCAAAGGAACCAAGCUUUGGAAAUGUUAACAGUACUUGUUGGACUUGUGUCUUCAACAACCAAUACUAUCUCUAUCAUAUUCACCAUGUUCAUGCUUGAAUCUUGAGAGCCACUAGCUCAGUUAGAGGCUUUUGCUAUUUUCAUUCCAAUUAGUUACCCUUUCUGCUUUUUUCGCCUUGGCAAGUUUCUGUCCCUAAUCUUUUGCGGUUCUUCUUGUAAUUUUUCGUGGACUUAAAUAAAUGAUCGAUUUCUAUACAA